AAUUGUCUGUGAUUCUAGAAUUGGAGAGAGUACUUUUUUUGUUAUAAAAAAGAAUGAGACACUAAUAUGUUACUUUCUUAAUAAUUUUGUCCUCAAUUGGGCAAAACGCAUGGUAAAAGAACAUAAUUACUACUACUAAUUAAUUGGGGUUAACUUGUGGGUUAAUUCUACCUCAACCCUCCGACUAUAUUCCGAUGAUGGGAUGGGGUCAAUCGCCUUGGCAGACCAAUCACAACUCACGUCGACAGGAGGAAUGAGUUCUUCUCCUCCUCCUUCCUCAUCCCGCAGUCGGAGUAGCAAUGGCGAAGAGAGACCCAGAUACUUCGACUCAAAGGCAAAGAGCAGGUGCUGGGCAAAGGCAGAGACGGUGCCAGGCAGGCACCCGGAGAGGUGGCGCAAAGACGCAGCCGGCAACAUUGUCUGCAAGCGCUUCUGCAAUUGCCAGGGUUGUCUCUGCUUCGAGUACGAUCACGUCGUUCCCUUCUCCAAAGGUGGUGAGUCCACAGCAGAUAAUUGUCAGAUUCUUCAAACUAGGGUGAAUAGGUUUAAAUCAGACAAACAGGAGGAUGCAUCAAAGUUGAAAGGCUAUUCCUGUGAAAUUCAGUUUACUGAUAGGGAGCUUGACAUUAUUGAAAUGGCUGUUUAUGGGGAUGUAAUUCGGCCUGGAAAGGAGUGUCGUUGCAGAACUGUUGCUGAAAUGCUUGGCCAAUUCAAGCCAAAAGACAGCAAGGCUGCUUGCAAAUUGCCAUUUGAUAAGCAAUCUCCAUAGUAGAUGACGAGGAUUAUAUAUCAGCACAGAACAUGCGGAAUUUAACUGUGUUCUGUUGAUUAUGCAUUUCUGAAUCUGUUGCGUAAUUUCGUGCAUUUUGAUCUAGACUGAUUGGAUGAAAUUUUGAAAUUUAAUCACCCCAGCAUAAAAUCUUUUGGGGCAUAUUAUAUUCAAUUCAAACCCUUUAUUUGUACUGAUGUUAUUCCCUUUUCUUUAUGCAAGAGUUACUUGCUGGGAGACAAGUUGAAUUGUAACUCCUUUUUUUUCAUGUAAAAGUUAAAAGUGUGAUUUACUUGAUAACUUUUGUAUCUUGCUCUACAAAAAAGGAAUGAGGCAAAU